CCAGAGUUUCUUGGUGUUGGAUGAACAGAGGUUCGCAAAAGAGAUUCUUCCCAAGUACUUCAAGCACAACAACAUGGCAAGCUUUGUCAGACAGUUAAACAUGUAUGGCUUCCGUAAAGUUGUCCAUGUUGAUUCUGGGAUUGUAAAACUGGAGCGAGAUGGUCCAGUAGAGUUUCAGCACCCAUAUUUUAAGCAGGGCCGGGAGGACUUGUUGGAACACAUUAAAAGGAAGGUUUCUUCUUCAAGACCUGAAGAAAACAAGAUACGUCAAGAAGAUCUCUCCAAAAUAAUAAGUAGUGCUCAAAAAGUGCAAACUAAACAAGAGACUAUUGAAUCUCGAUUGUCUGCUUUGAAGACGGAGAAUGAAUCCCUUUGGAGGGAAGUGGCAGAACUGAGAGCAAAACACUUGCAACAACAGCAAGUUAUUCGGAAGAUUGUACAAUUUAUUGUUACCUUGGUGCAGAAUAACCAACUAGUGAGCCUAAAACGCAAGAGGCCGCUACUUCUGAACACUAAUGGACCUACAAAGUCGAAUGUAUUUCAGCAAAUUGUGAAAGAACCAGCUGACAGUAACCACCAUGUACCUCUCAACAGAAAUGAGGGCUUAAAACAAAGGGAACAGAUUUCAGAUGACAUUAUUAUUUAUGAUGUCACUGAGGAUGUGGGUGAUGAAGAAAAUCCCAUGGAUGAUGAAGAAAAUCUUCCUGUUACACCAGAAGCAAAUGAAGAUACCACUUCAGAUUCUUCCAACUGUAGUCAUUCUCCCGAUAUUGUAAUUGUGGAAGAUGAUAACGAAGAAGAAUAUGCCCCUGUAAUUCAAGGGGAUAAAAGCACAGAAUCAGUUGCUCUCUCAGCUAAGGAUCCCCUCAGCCCUGUCAGUGAUAGUACAAGUCCACUCAUGUCAAGUGCUGUGCAGCUGAAUAACCAGUCAACUUUAACUGCAGAAGAUCCGGUCUCAGUGAUGGAUUCCAUACUCGAUGAGAAUGGAGUAAUUUCACAGAACAUAAAUCUUCUUGGAAAAGUUGAACUUCUGGAUUAUCUUGACAGUAUCGACUGCAGUUUAGAGGACUUCCAGGCUAUGUUAUCGGGACGACAGUUCAGCAUAGAUCCAGAUCUCCUGGUCGAUCUUUUUACAAGCUCCGUGCAGAUGAAUCCCACAGAUCAUAUCACUAAUACCAAAAUGGAGACAAAGGGAAUAGAAACUACCAAGAAUAAUGAUGGUCCAGCAGCUUCACAGGAAACACAAGUUUCUAAGCCCAAAUCAGAUAAGCAGCUCAUACAGUACACUGCGUUUCCUCUCCUUGCAUUCCUGGAUGGGAACCCAGGUGCCGCCGUCGACAGCGGGAGCUUCACCACCGAAACUCCUUCCUCUGUCGACAAACCCCUGGGAGUGGAUGAGCUGCUGGAGAGCAGCCUGGACCCCCAGCCCACCCAGAGCAAGCUGGUGCGGCUAGAGCCUCUGACAGAAGCAGAAGCAAGCGAGGCCACGCUCUUCUAUCUAUAUGAACUUGCCCCAGCACCCAUGGACACAGACAUGCCCUUCUUGGAUAACUGAUGUAAUGGGGACUCUGUAUAUAGUCAUGAAGAUGAACUAUUUAUUUAGAAUAUUGUUUGGUAUCUUGAGUUUUUUUGUAAAUCACUUUAUGUAACCAGAUAACAUGGAAUCUAACAUACCUUUCCUGUUACUUCCUACAAGCAGUCCUUUGACUACACAGUUAGACAAGCUGUUAAGACACAGUUGGCAAUACCAAGCCAGGCUCUUACCAUACUGCUGUCACAUGCUUGGUAUUACACAUAUCACUAACUGUCCCAGGUAGCUGAACACUUGUUAAGAGUAAGCUUUGUUUUAUUAUUUCCUAUCCUUCUGGUCCUACAUAUGAUGAUGUAAACUAGUAGUGUAUGGUUAGGGAGCACUGACUUUCUGUAUCUUGGAUUUUUUCUAUUUUUUACAACACUUUGUUUAACAAGCGUGAGGCUUUUUUGGGGUGGGGGGGCCAGGACCUGAUGUAGGCUUUUUUUUUUCCCUGCUUGAACUGGGAACAAAGUGCCUGUACCUUGCUGAAUCGUGGUUCUGCCUUACUUUCACUUCAGCGGAAGUGCUUACACAUAGCACAGAUGGGGGAAAGCUCUUGUCAGCCGCCAGGCCCUUAACUGCAUGAGUACUCUGAACCUGGACCAUCCACUCCCAUAAAAUAAAUGUUACUUAAGU